AUGGCAAUGUUCCUCAUUCAAUUUGGCCACAUCCUAGUAGCAGAAGUUGAUCGAAUGUCGUCCACCUUGACAAAACUAACCAAACCAAUAACACAUGUAUCGACAAUCAACGAUGGCGUGUACCCUUUUCGGGCCCCUCGCCGUGAACGUGGUCGGCAGGCCGGAUGGAGCAGCGAGGACCCAGUCCUCGAAUCUCCCCUUGGUGUAGUUGGUUCAUCACGUUCGACUGUAAUGGUUACAUUACACGCAGACACCAUAUGCAACGCGAUGACAUUUAGGCUUUCCCGGAUGAUUCAACUGAGCGCGAACUUCACGAUCCAUAUAACGGCCUUCCAAUCCAAAGAAAACAAGGCAAAAAGAUGCCCAGAUCGUCAUAGAGGAGAGAAUACUGACGUGAUAACCAACUACACCACGAAACCUAAUUGGAUGCUCUGUCAGGAGUCGACGUCAACGUACAAGAGACAGAGACAGUUGUGGUUGUCUAAAGCAACAUGUCUGCCCGUAAUUGGCACGCAAGAGGCAAGAAACCGAAAUGUCCAGGUGACGUCGUUUUCCCCUUGGCCAUUCAAACUCUCAGAUAUGAAGCAUCUCCAGGACAGCCUCCAGCCGGAAACCAAGACCCUUCACCAUUUACAUCCUCAAAACCACACUCCAGCUGCCCAAGCCGGCAAGAUUCCGAACACAUGGAUAAACUCCAAUCUCUCAUUAUGGAUACCUCUCAUUCGAAAACCCAUAAUCCUUUACAUCGGUGAAUGGCAUAGCGUCCCCCACCCAAAGAAAAAUUCGAAUCUCAUCCAUCUCGGGCACGUCCCGUCAAGAAAGACUCUUCACCACGCAGCCCCACCCAUUCCAGCAAGUGAUGAACUCUUGGUUGUUCUCGAACCCUCCGCGAGGAGGGCGGGCCUUCGGGCUUGUAUAGAGAACGGUGAUGAUCUCGCUCUGUUUUUCUCUUUUUUUCAUUACGUGCUGGAGCAUGACUCUGGUCGUGAAGAAGAAGACUCUCUUGUUUUUGACAAGAGAAAAGGAAUGAUUCGAAGAGUGUCAAGACGUUCAUAG